AUGCCGAAAAAGCACCCAAUUAAGGCUGCUGUGCAGGCCAUGAGAUACCGUAAUGGCCAAUCUUCUCCAUGGUGUCGACGUCAGCUUCGUUGGAAUCACUCUGCUGUGCAUUCAAGCGGACCGUUGUCAGGAGUCCGGAUUUUGGAUCUAACGCGUGUUCUCGCUGGACCAUUCUGUACACAAAUACUCGCUGAUUAUGGUGCAAAAGUUCUCAAGGUGGAGAAUCCAAAAGGAGGUGAUGAUACUCGAUUAUGGCGAACCGUAGCAGAGAAAGACAUCUGGAAUGCUACAGACAAAGAUAUCUCUGCGUACUUUUGUACGAUCAACAGAAACAAGCAGUCCAUUACUUUAAAUCUGAAAGAGGAAAAAGGGAGAGAGAUCCUUUUUCGCCUUGUCGAAAAUUCCGAUGUGGUUGUAGACAAUUUCGUCCCAGGAAAAAUGGAUAGCAUGGGCAUCGGAUACGAAAGGCUACGUCAAAUUAAUCCCUCGAUCAUACACGCAAGCGUCUCUGGGUACGGGCGCAGGGGACCAUAUGCCCAUCGUGCAGGCUACGAUGCUAUUGCUGCAGCUGAAGCAGGCAUGCUUGACAUAACAGGCGAACGCGAUGGUCCACCAACACGACCUGGGCUUGGCCUUACUGACAUGAGCACUGGUCUAUAUCUGCACGGAGCAAUUAUCGCUGCUCUCUAUUCUCGCAAAGACACAGGACAAGGACAGAAGAUUGAUGCGUCUCUAUUUGAGAGCCAAGUGUCCUUACUUUCCAAUGUCGCAAUGUCGUGGCUCAAUGUGGGCGAACGAGCAGCCCGUUGGGGCACAGAGCAUCCAAGUAUUGUUCCAUACCAAGCAUUUGAGACAGAAAAUGGCUACUUGGUACUGGGUGCUACAAAUAACCGACAAUUUCGAGUUCUUUGCCAGUUGAUGGGGGAAUCGGAGCUGGCGACUGACCCACGCUUUGUGGACAAUAGCUCACGGGUUCAAAACAGAUUGGAAUUAAAGGAGAUAUUUGAGCGGAUCCUCCGCAAAAAGACAACUCAAGCAUGGCUGGCUGUCUUAGAGGGAAGUGGGAUGCCCUAUGGCCCUAUCAACACCAUCGAACAGGUCUUCUCGCACCCGCAGACUGCCGCCGGGGAUAUGGUGCAAAGUCUUCCUCAUGAGGCCGCGAUUUCGGGUAAAAUCAAAGUUUUAGGGGUUCCUGUUAAGUUCAGUGAGACAAAGCCCACGAUCCGACAUUCUCCGCCAAGCCUAGGAGAACACACGGAUUCCACUUUGAUAGGCAUGGGAUUCUCACCAAAGGAGGUAGCUGCUCUGCGGGAGCAGGGGAUUGUGUAA